GAUGGGGGAGAAUGGGAACAAAUGCCUUUAAAUCCAUUGUAUUUAGCCGAUUUUCAUAAAAUAGAUGUUGUUUGAAAAAACUUUUGUCCAGAAAUACGAAAUAUAUAAAUUAAAUAAGUAAUAUACAGUGUUAUUUUCAUGAUAUUUGAUUUGAAACGAAACCAAAUUUCUGGUUUAUUAUAAUAGAUUCAAUCAGGAAUUAACGCAUAUUAGUUGCGUUUCGUUGACUCUAGCCCCCAAUACCAUUUCAAGGUUAUUUAUUAUAAGCGUUUCGAAGGUAUUCUUUUCACCAAAUAUUGAUGCGGAAAUUAAUUAUAGAAAAUUGAUUUUGAAUAGAAAAAAAUCUAUUAAAAAAAUAACAUAUGUAAAGGAAAAAUAAACGUUCGCCUCGUUACUUUCAAAUCUUAUAGCGAGUGGAUCAAAAUUAUUUAUGUCUCAAAAAAAGUUAUGCAAUACCAUGUGAAAGUAAAUAAUAAUUCGUUUUGAUUUACUGAUUAUCCAACAAUAUUUGUCAAUUUCACUUUUCAUAUUUUAUAUCAACGAAAAUUGUUUACAGCAAACAUUAAAAAUCACUUAAGAAAAUUACGUCACGUCACGUGAACGAUAAUUUAAGAAUAAUAGAGAUAUACGAAGUAAAUUAUUAAUAUUUAGGUUGUUUAUUAUAUGUUGUAGAUAAUAAGUGUAAUUUUUUUCUAUAUAAAAUCCUCUUGACAUAAUUAAAUCUACAAUUUUAAUAAGUUUUUGUCAUAAUACGAGAUUAUUACGAAUUGACAACCGGCAACACUGGUGUCGUCAGGUGAUCUGUCAUACCAUCUUGAAGUUUGAAAUAUUUGACAGCACAUAACUAUUUAUGGCGCGAAAAAUAUCUUUGUUGUUUAAACAUAUGAUAUUAUGAGAAAAUUUUCAAAUUAUAAUAUAUGAAAGAUGUGUUUUAUCAAAAUAUGAAAAAUUUUGUGUUGUUGUGUUGUGUUUUCCAAUAAUAAAUUAGUGAUAACAUCAGAAAGCAAGCACUUCAACUUUACGUGUCGUAAGGUAUAUGAAUAAUAUACUUUAGUGAUAGUAUAAACAAAAGUGGUAUUUUAUACUGAUGUUUAUGUAAAUAUGUCCGUAAGGUAUAUAAAAAUAUUAUUACUCUAAUGUAAGGAUAGAAAACAUUGAAGUAUUAAUAUCUAUAUCUCCAUCAUUGAACAAUGGAAAUGCAAAUAGAUAAUUUACUAGUUCAUAAAGUAUGUAAAUGAGUUACUUAAGAUAUAUUACGAAGGUUACCUGUCGUAAUAUUAAAUUGCAUACAAAGCUGUGUGUGAAUUUAUAUUAAAACUAUUAGAAUGAGAACGAUUCAAUGACUAUUGUUAAAUUGGAAAUCUGCAAUAGGAAUCAUUAAAAAAAAUCUUUUUUUAUAAUCAAGGUGAAAUCUCGAUGUCGAAUAUUCAAACUUGGUUUGUUCAACUCUUAGACUUAUAAAUUAUAGUCCAGUCAAACUAGACUUCCGUAUUUAAUUGAACAAUUAGGUAUAAAUAAUUUAGAGACCAAUUGAAGUGCAACUCUUUAGGAGACUGUACAAUCUCAGCGAGACAUCCCAAGACAUGCCGAAUGCGAGAAAGUACAGAGCAGCUCCCGCCUUGUCUCGCCCGUUUUUGUUACCGUGUCGGAUUUUCGUGUCCGAGUCUCGGCAUUUCUCGCGAGGGAGCCUAGAGCAUUAUUUUACACUAUCCCGCGAUUCAGUGUCCAUAUAACCUAUUUCUUCAAUAAUUAAUUUUGAAAAGUGUUUUUUUGUUGUAAAACAUAUUUUUUUAAUAAAUAAUUAAGAUAUCGCAAACGUUAAAUACAUCAUUUGAUUCGUUUCGAAAAUAAUAUUUCGUAAUCGAAAAACGUAAAUUUAGCCUUUUUUUUUAAAUUUUAACACAACUUCUUCGCAAAAUAAAAAAAUUAAAUUUUGACCCUUUAAAAAAUAAUAUAAACAAAAGCUGUGACCUUCAUUUUACACAGUAUUAGCGUAAUGAAAAAAAAUAUUUUUUUUUCGAUAAUCAUUUAUUUUUUAAGCUAAUUUGACCGGACUAUUUCGUAAACUGUGUUUCCGAUGUUUAGAAAUAAAAAAGUUGCCAGUUUGUGAUGAAUUAAACUUAUAAGAUGGCGUCGUUCGGUGUAAUUAUUAUAGUCUAUUUAAAAAAAUAGUUAACAAACAAUGUUCUAUAGUGUAAAUUAGGGAUCAAAAAUUCAAUUCCAAACUUGAAAUAAUAAUAAAUAGUUUUGAUUUUCAUAUAUAGAAUUGGCUUCACUGUUUGUAAAGAGUAAAGUAAAAUUUACUUGUUUGUUUUUUUAUAUUGAGUAAAAUAAAAUCUUCAUUUUAAAAAAUCGAUUUUAAAUAGAAAACUAACAUAUGAUGGCGUCUUCUAUAGAUUUAACUACGAAAGAACGUGUACAGUUUGCACAAUGUAUUUAACAUCGAAUCAAAACUAAUUAACAUAGUCAUUCUUUUAUGUGCCAAAUGCAGUGGCGUAGCAUAAAAUAUUUUAAAUACAAAUUUAUUUCGAUUUUAUUGGUUCCUAAUACAAAAUUUUAUUUUAUAUUCAAGAUAUAUACACUUAGGGUUACUAAUUUAUUUAAAUAAAUAAUUGUUAUUGUAAUUUAUCCCAAUUAUUACAUUUUAAUAAAUUUAUAAGAAAUAUUAAAUAGUUCUUUCAAUACCCGCCGAUGAAGGCAUCGUCAGUGGGAGUAAUGAGAUGUAGAAGGAGAACUUGAAAUAAAAGUUCUUCUUUCUAGUAGCGUUUAGUUUUAAAUUGUUUCCAUAGUACAAACUAGAGAGCAGGUCAGGUUCGACCCACUGUGAUUUUCUGAUAAAAUAAAAAUAUGUUUUUAAAAAUCCUAUUUGUCGUAUCGGUAUUUUGUUUUUCGGGUGCGUUCGCGAAACUUGACGAAGUUUUCGAAUGGAAACAAGUGAAAUUCGAAUGGCCAACCGAAGAAGCCGAGAAAGUAGCCAUUGAAAACGGGGAUUAUGUACCGGAAAAUAAUUUACCGUUGGGAUUGGUUAGGUGGAAGGAUAAACUUUUCGUUACUGUUCCCAGAUGGAAGCAUGGAGUGGCUGCAACUUUGAAUUACAUUCUACUCAAUACAACAGAAAAAUCACCUAAAUUCCACCCUUAUCCCGAUUGGAACGCGAAUCUACUUCCAAAAGAAGGAGAGGAUCCAGUAGAAAACCAGAUCGUAUCAGUUUUUCGAAUGAAAGUCGAUCCUUGCGAUCGUUUGUGGAUAAUGGAAACUGGUUUAGCAGAUAUUUUGGGUAAUCCAAAGCUCGUUAUUCCACCCUCUAUUGCUAUUUUCGAUUUAAACACCGAUAAGUUGAUAAAAAGAUAUAAUUUAUCAGAAACUGACAUCAAGGGAGAAGAUUCUUUCUUCGCUAAUAUUAUCGUUGAUGUUACUAACGAAACAUGUGACAAAGCUUUCGCCUACAUCCCCGAUUUAGGAGGAUACGGUAUAGUCGUAUACUCCUUAGCCGACGAUAAAUCGUGGAGAGUUAAGCACAAUUAUUUCCAUUUUGAUCCGUUAAAAGGCGACAUGACCGUCGGCGGAGUUAAUUUCCAAUGGACCGAUGGAGUAUUUGGAGUUGCGCUAGGACCAUUAAAUGAAACAACCGGUUUCAGAACGGCUUAUUUCCACGCCUUGGCUAGUUGCAAUCAAUUUUCCGUUAGCACGCAAGUUCUGAAGAACGAAAUCUUGGCAACUGAUCCAGCGUCGUUUGAUUUAUAUCAAUUGGAAGGUAUCAAAGAUGAUAAAGGACAAUCUUCAUCAUCAGAUUUCGAUGUGAAAACCAACGUUUUAUUCAUAACGCAGCUACAAAGAGAUGGUAUAGCCUGCUGGAACCCCAGAACUAAACUCGAACCUGAUAAUUUUCCAUUGAUAGUUCAAGAUCAUGAAAAAUUGAUUUUCACUAACGAUAUUUCGAUCGAUGCCGAAAGGAAUCUCUGGAUUCUAUCGGAUCGAAUGCCAAUUUUUAUUUACAAACAAUUAGAUCCGAAUCAAAUCAAUUAUAGAAUAAUGAGAAUUAAAAUCGAUGAUGCAAUCAAAGACACUGCGUGUGAAGCUUGAAAUAAUAGAUCAGUAUUAUUAAAAACGUGAUUUGCAUAUUGUAAAAAAAUUUUAAUAGUGGGAAAUAAAUUUUUUUUAAGAAA